AGAAGUGACGAGUGGCUUUGUGCUUUGUAUUUUUGUCUAUGCGUUCUAUUUUCUGUUUAUAUUUAAAAGAAAAUUGUCGCAGAACAAUGACUGAUGUUAAGGAAACGUCGUGUAGGCUUUGCCUUAAAAAUAUAACCGAUGAAAGUUUUGAAGUGAUAAACAACAUUAUCAGAGACAUUCUAGAUUUUCUUUUCCUGAAAUUGAAAUUUGAUGAUGAGAGCAAAGAGGUAAUAUGUAACGUUUGCAGAAGAAAGUUAAAUACAGCGUUAGAAUUUAAGUCGACGUGUUUGAAUACCGAUAACACAAUUAUUCGAUAUGCGGAUAGCGAAAAAAUGUUACAGCACGAAUUAAGAGAAGUGUACACACAGGAAAAGAAAAGUGAGUUAGUUUGCAGUCAGAAAAUAUGUCGAUUGUGUAUGCACCCAGUAGAGAGUGAGUUUAGGUGCAUAUGUGAAGAGGAACUGGAAGCUAUUCAGAAAUUGAUACCCGAAAUGAAUAUAAAUAUUAUCAAAGGUCCCGUUGUAUGUAAGCCAUGCUGGGAUUCUCUGUGUACUCACAACAGUUUCCUGAAUGAUUGCUCAGAGGUGGAAGAAAAAAUUAAAAGUAUUUUUGAUAGUUCGGCCACAAAAAGUCAAACAGAUACGUCUCCACUGGCUUUCUUCGUUAAGACUGAAAACCUGGACAAAGAAUUGGAUAUUAAAGAAAUGGAAAUGUCAAUCAAAACUGAAAGUAUCGACAUAAAAUCGGAAGAUGAGGAAAGAAGCGACACACCACUCCUGAUCUCCGAUAUUGUACCAUUCGAGGAGAGCGACUGUAAAAAUGAAGAAGAGGAUAGAUGUAAACAUGAGAAUGGAUCAGAAGUGAAAACGAGGCAGAAGCGCAAAGUAUUGUGCAAAUGUGAUAAAUGUAUCUUCGAAACUGAAAAUGAGAUCCAUUUUACGGCACACUGUGCGAGCUAUGAGAACGAUUUGGAAGCUUAUGAAUGUGAAUCGUGUGAGUACGAAACUGAAAAUAAGAAAUUACUUCAGAAGCACCUGUUGAAGCAUAAAGAUCCUUCACAGGUUCAUAUGUACAGGAGUAACGAUUGCGAUUAUGAAAAUGAAUACAAGAGUGUUAUCAAAAAGCACCAACUGGAACAUAAAGAUCCUUCGCAGGUUCAAACGUACAGGUGUAAUGACUGUGAUUAUGAAAAUAAAUAUAAGUAUAAUAUCAAACGACACCAAAAGAAACAUAAAGACUCUUCCCAGGUUCAAACGUACAAGAAACAUAAAGACCCUUCACAGGUUCAAAUGUACGGGUGUCACGAUUGCGAUUACAAAACUAGAUACAAGAGAUGUAUCAUACAGCACCAACUGAAGCAUAAAAAUCCUUCUCAAGUCCAGACAUACAAGUGUAACAACUGCCCCUUAGAAAGUAAAUACAAGCAGCAUCUGCAGCGGCAUCAACUGGAACAAAUAUGCUGCGCAAGUUCUAAAGAUACUAGUGCAAUGACUGCGAUUACGAACCCAAAUACAGGAGUGGUAUAA